CUAACCAAGACUCCAAAACGACCAAAACCCGAUUAAUGGUAUAGUUCAAUAGUGAUAUAUUCUGGCGUAUUGUUUGAUAUUUAUAAUUUUAAGUGUUACUCGUUUACUGUCUAUUCGGCUUUUAGAAUUUUAGUUAAUACAAAAAAUAAUAUCUUCUUCGAACGUACUGGUCAUUAUUCGUGACUUUCUGAGCGGCCCUACAUCUUCUGUGACUGUCCCCAACUAGGCUAAAGUAUGCAGCCGGCCAGGGAUCGAGAAAAAUCAUCCAGCAAUGUGAAACCAAAUUACUCAUUAAAAUUUACAUUGGCUGGUCACACUAAAGCCGUAUCAUCAGUGAAGUUCAGUCCUAAUGGUGAAUGGCUUGCAAGUUCAUCUGCUGAUAAAUUGAUUAAAAUUUGGGGUGCUUAUGACGGCAAAUUUGAAAAGUCUAUUGCUGGACACAAGUUAGGAAUCAGUGAUGUCAGUUGGUCAUCAGAUAGUCGUCUUUUAGUAUCUGCUUCUGAUGAUAAGACGUUAAAAGUUUGGGAAUUAAGUACGUCAAAGUGUGUCAAGACACUUAAAGGCCAUAGUAACUAUGUUUUUUGUUGCAAUUUUAAUCCACAAUCAAACCUMAUAGCUUCUGGUUCUUUUGAUGAAAGUGUACGAAUUUGGGAAGUAAAAAGUGGUAAGUGUCUGAAAACACUUCCUGCACAUUCUGAUCCAGUUAGUGCCGUUCAUUUUAAUAGAGAUGGAUCCCUAGUGGUUUCUAGUAGUUAUGAUGGUUUAUGUCGUAUUUGGGAUACUGCCAGUGGUCAAUGUUUAAAAACACUAAUUGACGAUGACAAUCCACCUGUUUCAUUUGUAAAAUUUUCUCCAAAUGGAAAGUACAUCUUAGCUGCUACUCUUGAUAAUACAUUAAAAUUAUGGGAUUAUACUAAAGGCAAAUGUUUAAAAACUUAUGUUGGCCAUAAAAAUGAAAAAUAUUGUAUAUUUGCAAAUUUUUCUGUGACAGGUGGAAAGUGGAUAGUUUCUGGAUCAGAAGACAAUAUGGUAUAUAUUUGGAAUUUACAAUCUAAAGAAAUUGUACAGAAAUUACAAGGUCAUACAGAUGUAGUUUUAUGUACUUCAUGCCAUCCAACAGCAAAUAUAAUUGCUUCAGCAGCCUUAGAAAAUGACAAGACAAUAAAACUAUGGAAAAGUGAUACAUAAAGCUUAAUUUAAAGCUUGAACAUUAUUUUGUAUAAUUUGUAUAAAGGAAAUGGUUAUAUCAUCCUGCCUUAUGAUUAUAGUCUUAUUUUAAUUGUAAUCAACUGUAAAAUUAUCAACAAUAAUAGUAUUAGUUAAACUUAAAAAUCAUUAUU